AUGCAUGAUCUUGUACACGAUCUUGCUCUAGAUGUCUCAGAGGGUAGUUGUUUGACUUUGAAAACUCGCGAGCUUAAGAACCGUCCCGAGGUUCAACAUCUUUCAUUGUGUCUCAAGGAAGAAAGAAGGUUAGAAAUUUCAGAUGAAAAUAUUGGGAAACUGAGAACCCUAUUCUUAACUGGAGAUCUUCCCAAAAAUAUUGAAGAUCUCAAAUCUAUUCGUGCCUUGACAAUAGUUAAAUCUGGUGUGAAAGAGUUAUCAAGUUCUAUAUGCAAGUUCAUACACCUAAAAUAUCUUGACCUCUCAAAGUCUUCUUUUGAAAAAGUGCCAAAUUCUAUCACCAAGCUCUACAAUUUAGAAACAUUGAAACUACCACCAUCUUCAAAUAUUUUAGAAGAGGUUCAAAUAGAAUUCCAUAACUUGGUUAGCUUGAGACAUCUUUGUGUGGAAUAUACAGAAAAUAGUAGGAAAAUGACUCCAACCAUGAUAGGGCGUUUGACUUCUUUGCAAACAUUACCAUUCUUUUCUGUGGGUAAGGAUCAAGGCCGUAAAAUUGAAGAGUUGGGAAGUUUAAGCAAGCUACGAGGUAGAUUAAGUGUUUACGAUCUCCAGCACGUGAAAGACCAGGAAGAAGCAAAUGAAGCCAACAUGUUCGGAAAAACAAAAAUUACAGAGUUGAGAUUUCAUUGGGAUGCGGACUAUGAAGACUCCAACAUUAACUGCAGUGAUGUCUUGGAAGGACUCAAACCUCACAAGAAUCUUAGGCGUUUAAUGGUUAAAGAUUUCGGAGGACAAAGAUUGGCAUCAUGGAUGAGGAGCAGAGAUGAUCAGUUGCUUCAAAAUUUGGUGACAAUCGAACUAAUUCGCUGCAAGUUUUGUGAUGAUAUCCCAAUACUUGGACACCUUCCGCACCUUGAAGUUGUUGAAAUGGUUGGAUUAGAUAAUGUGGAAAUCAUUGGUCCUGAUUUCUAUGGAUUUGAUGAACGAACUGUCGCUGGUAGAAGCACUACUGUGGCUGCACCAACACAAAUAGUAUUUCCGGCAUUGAGGAAACUCACUAUUCAUGGUAUGCAGAAGCUAAAAGAGUGGUCAGAUGUAUCGUCAUUGCCUCCUGCAACCACGAGUAUGAUGGAGUUCUUUCCUCGUCUCGAGGAGUUGUAUAUCUCUAAAUGCCCUAACUUGAUUACCAUUCCAGGUUUGGGAAGGGUGUACAGACCCUGUUCGACCAUAGUGGUACAUCAGAAUGCGGAAAAUAUUGAUACUCUAAUUGAAAAUGUGCUGGAAAAGACCAGCAAGUUCCUAAGACAUCUGGUAAUAGCGGAAUUCAAGGAGUUGUGUUAUUUACCAUAG